GCCCAGACUUGUGCAACCCUCACCCUGGCUUCCGCCUCCGCCCUUGAGGCACCUUCCUCUUUGGCAGCCACCAUGACACCUGCCAGGCAGCUGUGGGGAGCCUGUGCGACCCUGUGGGUCUUCAUGCUGCUGCUGUGCUGUCUGCUUCCCCAAGGUGCCCAAGAGCAGAUGUUCCCACUGUGGCUGGAGCCCCCGGCUGCCGUGCUUGCUGCUGGUGGCUCUGUCUUGGUCAACUGUAGCACUGAGUGCCCCAGCCCCUCAAACCUCAUUCUGGAAACGUCCCUGCCGAAGCAGCUGAAUGGCAGCAGCCCAGGCUGGGCAACUUUCUGGCUCAGCAAUUUGACUGAGGACACCAGGAUCAUGUGCUCCGUGCUGUGUGGUGGCUCGCAGGUGACAGCUUCCUCCAACAUCACCAUAUACCGUUUUCCGGAGGAGGUGGAGCUGAGCCCCCUGCCACCCUGGCAGCCCUGGGGCCAGGACCUCACCCUGCGCUGCCUCGUGGUGGGUGGGGCGCCCCGGAACAGGCUCACCGCGGUGCUGCUCCGGAACGAGGAGGAGCUGAGCCGGCAGCCGGUGAUCGGGGAGCCCACGGAAGUCACGGCCACCGUGCCAGUGGGCAAAGGCGACCACGGCGCCAACUUCUUGUGCCGCACGGAGCUGGACCUGCAAGCCGAGGGUCUGGGGCUGUUCCUGAACAAGUCAGCCGCCAGACAGCUUCGGACAUUCGGUGAGGCGCUGGGGAAGUGGGCUCAGAGGGAGGGGCUCCUGGGGAAGAGGGGUCCUUGGAAGGAGGUGACCCUUGCUAAAAUCCAGGUCACCUUGUGAAAAGGACCCUCAGGCAUGGUGGUGCACGCCUAUCAUCCCAGCACUUGGGAGGCUGAGGCAGGAGGAUCCCUGUGAG